UUUUAGCUUAUUUUAAUGGGAUACCAGCGCUCUUGGGACAUAAUUGAUUGGUUUGUUGUGUUCAGAAACUAUUUAAAUGAUUUGACAUAUGCCAAAGAGUUUGAGUAUGCACUUGUAGAAAGGACAUGGGCUCUUGUUCCUUUUAUUGUCCUUAACAUUGAGCUUCACGCUCAGGCGUCCAUUGGUUGGGCGGCUGCCAGAUGUGUAACUUGUCGCUGGUCUAACAGUAACAGCAGGUUCAAACAUGCAGAGCCAUGGAAAGUGCCAGGGCUUCUGGUGUCUCUGUGGAUACCAGCAACAGCAGAACCAGUUUACAAACACUACAGCAACAGAAUGCCGACAACAAGCUCAUUGCGCAAGGGUGCCAGCAUAUACAGCAGUGAUGAGGACGAUGAAGACAUUGAGAUGUGUGACCAUGACUAUGAUGGGCUGCUUCCCAAAUCUGGAAAGCGUCACUUGGGGAAAACCAGGUGGACCAGGGAAGAGGAUGAAAAGUUGAAGAAGCUGGUGGAACAGAACGGAACAGAUGACUGGAAAGUGAUUGCCAAUUAUCUGCCGAACCGGACGGAUGUGCAGUGCCAACACCGAUGGCAGAAGGUGCUAAACCCCGAACUCAUCAAGGGUCCCUGGACCAAAGAGGAAGAUCAGAGAGUGAUAGAGCUCGUCCAGAAAUACGGCCCGAAACGUUGGUCUGUUAUUGCCAAGCACUUAAAAGGGAGGAUCGGGAAACAAUGUAGGGAGAGGUGGCAUAACCACCUGAAUCCGGAAGUUAAGAAAACCUCCUGGACAGAAGAGGAAGACAGAAUUAUUUACCAGGCACACAAGAGACUGGGGAACAGAUGGGCAGAAAUCGCAAAGCUGCUGCCUGGACGGACUGACAACGCCAUCAAGAACCACUGGAAUUCCACCAUGCGGCGCAAGGUGGAACAGGAGGGCUACCUGCAGGAGCCUUCGAAAGCCAGCCAGCCCCCGGUGGCCACUGGCUUCCAGAAGAACAAUCACCUGAUGGGUUUUGCUCAGGCCCCACCUUCGUCUCAACUCUCCCCAACUGGCCAGCCGUCAGUUAACAGCGAAUAUCCCUACUACCACAUCUCCGAGGCACAGAAUGUGUCCAGUCACGUUCCAUAUCCUGUAGCAUUGCAUGUAAAUAUCGUCAAUGUCCCUCAACCAGCUGCUGCAGCCAUACAGAGACACUAUAACGAUGAAGACCCCGAGAAAGAAAAGCGGAUAAAGGAAUUAGAACUGCUCCUGAUGUCAACUGAGAAUGAGCUGAAAGGCCAGCAAGCGUUACCAACACAGACCCAUACUUGCAGCUACCCCGGGUGGCACAGCACCUCCAUUGUGGAUCAGACCAGACCUCAUGGAGACAGUGCACCUGUUUCCUGUUUGGGAGAGCACCGCUCCACUCCUUCCCUGCCUGCAGAUCCUGGCUCUCUACCUGAGGAAAGCGCCUCGCCAGCCAGGUGCAUGAUCGUCCACCAGGGCACCAUUCUGGAUAAUGUUAAGAACCUCUUAGAAUUUGCAGAAACACUCCAAUUUAUAGAUUCUGACUCUGCAUGGUGUGAUCUCAGCAGUUUUGCAUUCUCUGAAGAAGAAGCAGCUUUUUCACGUAGCCAGCAGCACACAGGCAGAGCCUUCCAGCUUCAGCACAGAGAGGGCCAUGGGACUAGACCUGCUGGAGAGCCUGGCCUGAGGGCGAACAGCCCAGUGCUGAGCCGGGAGGCUUCCCCUGGCCCAGCCAAAGCCUUACCUCCUGCGAGGCACAGCAUGGUUCCACUGGUCAUCCUUCGAAAAAAGCGGGGCCAGGCCAGCCCCUUAGCCGCGGGAGACUCUAGCUCCUUCCUAUUUGCUGACCUCAGCAGCUCAACUCCCCAGCGGUCCCCUGUCAGAGGCUUGCUCUUCUCUCCCUCGCAGUUCUUGAACACUUCCAGCAACCAUGAAAACUCAGGCUUAGAUGUGCCUACUUUAACCUCUACCCCUCUCAGCGGUCACAAGCUGACAACACCAUGUCAUAGAGACCAGACUGUGAAAACCCAGAAGGAAAAUUCCGUCUUUAGAACUCCAGCUAUCAAAAGGUCAAUCCUUGAAAGCUCUCCGAGAACCCCCACACCAUUCAAACAUGCGCUUGCCGCUCAAGAAAUUAAAUACGGUCCCCUGAAGAUGCUACCUCAGACACCCUCUCACUUAGUGGAAGACCUACAGGAUGUGAUCAAGCAGGAAUCCGAUGAAUCUGGAAUUGUUGCUGAGUUCCAAGAGAAUGGACCCCCACUACUGAAGAAAAUCAAACAGGAGGUGGAGUCACCCACGGAUAAAGCAGGAAAUUUCUUCUGCUCAAACCACUGGGAAGGGAACAGUCUGAGUGCCCAGCUGUUCGCUCAGGCGUCUCCCGUGGCAGAUGCCCCAAAUAUUCUUACCAGCUCUGUUUUAAUGACACCAGUGUCUGAAGACGAAGACAAUGUUCUCAGAGCAUUUACAGCACCUAAAAACAGGCCCUUGGUGGGUCCCUUGCAGCCCUGCAGUGGUGCCUGGGAACCAGCCUCCUGUGGGAAGACAGAGGAUCAGAUGACGGCCUCUGGUCAGCCUCGAAAAUAUGUGAACGCGUUCUCGGCUCGGACUCUGGUCAUGUGAGACAUUUCCAGAAAAGCAUUAUGGUUUUCAGAACACUUAAAAGUUGACUUGUGACAUAUCAUUCCUCAGCAUGGAACUCUUCCUGACUGAGAGAAGAACCUAUUUUUGUUGUGGUACAACAGUUGAGAGCACCACCAAGUGCGUUUUAGUUGCAUGAAAUCUUACUGGGUUUCACUCAACUAAAAAGAUUUUUUUAAAAAAAAUUAAUGAAUAACAGUCUUACCUAAAUUAUUAGGUAAUGAAUUGUAACCAUUUGUUAAUAUCAUAAUCAGAUUUUUUUAAUAAAAUGAUUUAUUUGUAUUUUAGAGGAUCCAACAGAUCAGUAUUUUUGACUGGGGUAAAUUUUAAAACAAAAAAAAUUUAUACAAAGAAAUACCCCAGUAUUUCACAUUUCUCAAUCACUAAGAAUACAUACAAAUAUUUUUAAUAAACAGUGAAAGCAUUAUUCUGAAUGUUGACUAAAUACCAAGUAGCCGUUCACAGAGCCUAUGAGACUCAUUUGUAGUUAGUAAUAUUGGAAAGACAUUUAUUGUGCUAAACCAGUUCAUGAGGAGUUUUUGUUAGCUUGCUUUAAAAAUUAUUACUGUAUGAAAUAGUUUUAUAAAAAAAUUAUAUUUUUAUUCAGUAAUUUAAUUUUGUAAAUGCCAAAUAAAAAAAAAUGUGUUUCGCUGCUAUGGUCUUAGCCUGUAGACAUGCUGCUAGUCAGAGAGGCAGUAGAGCUUGAAUGAAAGAAAGAAACUUGGUAUUAGAUAAUUGAUUAUUCACUAGUAUUUCAAACUUUUUUAUUUUUAUAUAUGUACCUUUUCCUUUUUUAACUGGAAAACUUAUUUGGGAGAUUUUUGCAUUUGUUGUACAUUUUCUUUUUUUUAAGGAAAGUUGUUUCUUUUUUGUUAUUGUUGGUUUAUAAAAACAUGCAUUGCACUUCUUUUUUUGGGAAAUUUAUGUUGUUCAUGUCAUAUGUUUUGUUUUGAGUUCAGUCUGACUGUUCAUCGAUUCAGGCACUCUGAGCCUGCUCAGCUUUCCCCAUAGUUAUUAAGUGUAUGAACCAGAACUGCCUCGUGGUUCUUGUGUUUGGGGGGAAGUCAACAGUCGGUUUCUGCCUCGAGAACACUGGGUACAAGAUGGCCGGCCCUGAGCUUCUGAAACGACAGUGUACUUACUGCCUUGUAGCAUAAUAAAGCUGUGCCCAUGUUUUACACA